AUAAGCUCCUCUGCCAAUGCCGCCGCGGUUGCCGCAGCAUAUUUCUGCCAUUUCUUUUCCUUGUCGGCGCAUGUCGGCCCGAGAGCCGUGGUGGGCCGGCGGCUGGUUUCAGUCGAUCCCGAUGCGGAGGCACCCGGCCCUCAAGAUGAGAUGCCGGCCUAUACGCCCCACGUGGUAUUCGGCAUGGUCGCCGGGUAG